AUGGGCCGUUGGGGAUGGCGCCUCUUUGAGAGCGAUCAAGACCUCGAUACUGUCUGCUCACUGGUGGAAGAGCUCGGCUUCGAAACCGAUUCCUGGGAGUUCACCCUUAGCAGCAUGGUCUACCAUACUGACAUGCUCGCCCCCACUGAAUCGCGAGCAUUAUACGAAACCCCCGAAUACUCUAAUCAUCUCGCAAACACAAUCGUGCCCUACCUGCGCAACAAGCUGGACAUUCCCUGCAAGAAUGGGACAAGCUUGCAGCUUGGGUGGUUGACAACCAUUGAAUCCGAGUAUAGCAUCACUGCGGCUCAGUUCAACACGUGGAAUCCCUAUGUUGGAAGCGACUGUGCGGGUCUUUGGCUCAACUUUUAUGUUUGCGUGGGCGUUCAAAAGGGUAUUACUACCGCCCAUGGUAUUGGGACCUCGGGAGUUGAUAUCCGUGAUUUUUGGCAUCUCUGGUUGUCCACUUAA